CUUUUCCGCCGCCUGACCAUAUACGUACAUACAUCACCGCGUCAAUACAGACAGACAGACAGACAUACAUACAAAUCUAUACCAAGUAGUAUGCGAAGACCUUCCGCAUGCAACACGUGCCGUGCUCGACGACGCAAAUGCAACUAUCCCACCACUGGCGACUCCUCAGUGUGUGAGUAUUGCUCUGCUAGGGGUCUAUCAUGCAUUCAGGCGCCGCCUGAGGGGGGCUUCUAUGCUCAGCGACAGGCCAGACAGGAGGCUGCAUCGUCCCAGGCACUCUCUUCAGCGCAACCAUGUCAUGAGAGAAUUACACGUGAUCAUCAAACUCCACAUGUCGCUGCAGCACUGCCGCAGAUAUCACUUCGGCUCCAUCUGGUCGGACUCUAUUUCGACUACAUCCACGACCAAUUCCAUUCCAUGUUCCAUCGUCCCUCCUUUACCCAGGACGUAGCCAAUGACCGCACUCCUGCCAUUCUCCUUUUCGCCAUUUUUGCCCUCUCAUCCAGGUUCUCGGAUGACCCACUGUAUGCAGGAAUUGACCCCAAAGACCGAGGGGAAGGUUACCGGGCUACUGCCGAGAAUCUCCUCAACAUACGCGACAUCACACCCAUAACCGUACAGGCUUGUAUACUCCUGGGCGCCUAUGCGGCAGCAAGUGGUGAUACUGAUGUCGAGAACCUCUACUAUGGCCUCGCUGGUCGUAUUUGUCUUGCACUGGAUCUACCAAACCGACCGGUCGCCAGCUUGCUAGAGCGCGAGCUCAAUAUUAGAGUAUGGUGGACGAUUUGCAUGGUCGACGUUUGGUCAUCGACCGCUGUAAGACUUCCACCGAUUAUGCCUACAAGCAGCAAUGCCCCGCUACCGAUAGAUGAGAUCCCAUUCUCGUCCAUGAGCACCGACAUCAUCUCCAGCUUCAUUAACAACCCGGCAACACACCAAACGCCGCUACUCGCCGAGAUGAUCAAGUUGAACAGAUUACUGGCCAAGAUAGUCGAGCUAAAUAGUAGGUGCGUCUCCGAACACCUUGAAGGACAGUCUUUGGAGCUGGCGGUACAGGAGUUGUCUCGUGAAUUGCGGCAUUGGCUCGAGAGUCUGCCGUCACAUAUGAGAGACACGCCCGACAAUUUCCAAUGGUUUGCUUCCCGGGGUCUUGGCCGGUUUUUUGCAGCUGUAUAUCUCGGAUACUAUCACUAUGGUCAGCUCCUCAACUACCAGUUUCUGGGUGCAGAGGCUUCAACUAUACCCAGCGUUUAUGCCGAAGACUGCAAGCAUCAUGCUAUCGGGCUAUGUGAAAUUGUCUAUCGAUCCUUUGCCACCCCGGGAAGCGAGGCACUGUAUUCAGCUGUGUCGCACAUUCUUGUCAUCGCGUCGACUGUUCAAAUCCACACAUUGCUUUUCUCGGGUGAUGAGAGACAGAUCCGUCAAGCCAAGUCUCGACUGGAACGCAAUUUCGAGAUACUACUACAACUACGAUCCUACUGGCCCAGUGUGGAUAGUGCGAUGAGUCGUUUGCGUGCCUUUCAUCAGACUUGUUUACGAAGCAAGGAGACGAGCUUCGUGUUGGACCGAUGGCUGUUGCGAUUUCUGGUGCAAUUCGCACCACACAUGGAACUUGAGCCUAGAGACAACGAUCCCGACUACCAGGCACUAUUGGCGCUAUCAAAGCAGUCGCCGCUGUCUACUCAUUCGGGGACCGAUCUUGUGGGUUGA